AUGUCUUCGCUACCAGAACCAACGCCUGCAGAGGAGGCCGCCGCCGCCGCCAAGGAGAAGGCAGAGCAGGAGGCCCUUCCCUACAAGUGGUCCCAGACCAUCGGUGACCUUGAUAUCAGCAUCUCGAUUCCCGGCAACCUCAAGGCACGGGAUCUGAUUGUCGACAUCAAGAAGCAGAAACUACUGGCACGUGUCAAGGGCCAGGAGCCGUUCAUCGAUGGCGAUCUUCCCCACGCGGUCCGUGUCGACGAGUCGACCUGGACGCUGACCUCUGCCUCCGAUGGCACCAAGCUGCUCGAGAUCCACCUCGACAAGGUCAACAAGAUGGAGUGGUGGCCUCACGUCGUGACCAGCGCACCCAAGAUCGACGUCACCAAGAUCACCCCAGAGUCUUCCAAGCUCUCAGACCUGGACGGUGAAACCCGGGGCAUGGUCGAGAAGAUGAUGUUUGAUCAGCGGCAGAAGGAGCAAGGGCUGCCCACGUCGGACGAGCAAAAGAAGGCAGACAUUCUCAAGAAGUUCCAGGAGCAGCACCCGGAGAUGGACUUUAGCAAGGCCAAAAUCAAUUGA